AUGACUGAAUCUACUAGGAAUAGUCAUCAUGAUCAACUUCCUUCUAUAAACACUAUUGGUGCUCAUUGUCAUAGCAAUAUUUCGCUUUCUUUUGGCAGUCAUCACCAUCAUAGUCGUCUGUUACAUUAUAUUGCUAAUCGUUCUCAACAAUCAGCUUCCUAUAUCCCACCACCACCACUGCCACCACCUACUUCUAAAUUCACCAUAUCCUCUGUACGUACGGGCAUGACACCUAGUCUACCCUUAUUACCACCACCUCAACCAACAGCGCCUAUUGAUAAUUGCUGCGAAGCUUGCUGCCCUGACACAGUCACGAUGGAUGUUAUCUUACCUUCCAUCAAGCGCAAACGAUCCAUCUCGGACGAUCCAUCCAACCUGAUCAACAGAAAAAAAGCACAAUGCAAAUGGUCUAGCUGUCUCGCUAGUUUUGAUACGUUUGACGACCUUACACCUCAUCUUUAUAAUACACAUCUUAAUCAUCCAAUAGAAGAAACCUGUUCUUGGGAAUCAUGCUCAGAACGCUUACUAGACACGUCGACACAGGCUCUCAUCAACCAUUUAACCAGUCAACAUCUGCAGAAUGCCUUGUUGCAUGCAUGUCGCUGGAUCAAUUGUACGGAACGCUUUGAAGGAUUUGAUACACUCACAUUGCAUUUAUCUCAAGUCCAUGUGGGCUCAGGUAAAAGCGAGUAUCAAUGUCAAUGGGUAGCAUGCGAAAGACAAGGCAAAGUGUUUACACAACGACAGAAAAUCAUGCGACACAUACAGACGCAUACAGGAGCGAAGCCCUAUCAAUGCCAAACAUGCUUAAAACGCUUUUCAGAAUCCAAUAUGGUGGUUCAGCACAUGCGGAUUCAUACAGGCGAAAAACCAUUUAAAUGUGAUCAAUGCUCAAAAGACUUCUCUGUCUCUGCUGCCUUGACUAUCCAUAAACGAGUCCAUACAGGCGAAAAACCUUUUGCCUGUAAAUUCCAAGCAUGUCAUAAAAGGUUUGCAGAAAGCAGUAAUUUAACAAAACAUGUAAGUGAUUUGAUUGUAUGUUUUAUUUACUUAUAUAUGUUGACGAUAGAUGCGAGUUCAUACAGGCGAAAGACCAUUUAA